AUGAUUUCUAAUUUCAAAGUGGUUUUAAGCAAACUUUGGAUAAAAAGUUCAAGAAAUAUUAUCAGAUUUAGUGAAUCAAAUGUUGAAUGGCUAAGAAAACUAUUUAUUGUACCACCUCUAUCACUACCAUCAUCAUCAUCAUCAAAUGUCGGCAGACCUCAAAAACUGUUUCCUGAUUGUUCUGAUAGAAAUAAAAGACGUAAAAUUCAACAACUUACGAAAUCGUAUACUUCUCCAGAAAUAUUAUUUGCCGCCAAAAACAAAUUACACAUGUCUGGAAAAAGAGCAGCUUGUAGUAUAGUCAACGAAUCACUAUCCUCUCCAACCCGAGCAUCAAAAAUCAAAAAAUCAUACAUGGCUUCACUAUCAAUUGAUAAUGCCAUCAUGCCAUAUUCUGUAGACGAAGCAUUAGCAUUUUUAAUUGAAAAUAAACUUACAAAGCAACAGUACAUAAAUAUUCGUAAAUCUGCUAAGGAACGUAGAGCAAAUAUAUACCCGAGUUAUGAUAAUGUUUUAAUAGCCAAAAAAAAAUGCUAUCCGGAAAAUAUUCAUAUUGCAGAAUCUUAUUUUAAAAUUGAAUUACAACACCUUAUUGAUCAUACAAUAACAAGAUUAUUUUUUAAUUGCUGA